ACCUUGUGAACUUUUGCCUUUUUACCUCCUUUCUGUGGACAAAAUUUAGGUCAUACAGAGUACGACAGGAAGGCCAGAUUGAUAAGAGAAUUAUUCGAAUUUGAGAAUAUCUGCGAAUGUUUUAUACCGUUAGUUUGGAUGUAUCUUAGUAAAUUUGUCUUGUCGAAUGAUUGUUGCUUGUAAAGUACUUUUCUGCCGUUUGCCAACAAAAACUUUUGAUUUCUGCGAACCUUUGGCUUCAUGAAGAGGUUUGUUCAUUGUGCGUAUUUUGGCAUGAUAAGAAAUCUUCUGAAGCUGAUAUCUUAUCAUACUUUACAGUUAGCUAUCUACUAUCUAUGGCUUGAAUGACAACACUGCGAAUCAUUCGAGAUAUCCUUUACACAUUCGAAACCCUGAGAGCCCCAAUCAAAUCGACCACUUUGUGAGUACCUGUACAUAGCGACAUUCAAACCAUUUACAUCAUAUAAGGUUACCAUGGCUGAUGAAUCACCUCCUCCCCCUCCCCCUCACGGAAAUCCGCCAAAAUCAUCUGGGUUACCACCAGGAAACUAUGACAUUUUCAUCAUUCCACCGCAUGCUUCAGGAUCAGGAUUUUUAUAUUUACCUUCACUACAACCAAAUGUCAACAGUUUCGUAGCCGGCUUUGCAUCAGCGCUUGUACUUGUCGCAUUAACUUUUAUUUUAAAACCACUGGUGAGUAGUCUGAAAGGAGGUGGAGGGCCAACAACCUUGAUUCUCAUGUUUGCGAUUGGGUUGGGAGCUUGGGCGUUAGGGCGAAUGCAAUCGAAUGGUGAAAGCAGGCCCGGACCAAGUCAAGAACCCCGUGUACCUCCGCAUGGUGGAUCAUACCCAGGUGCCAAUAAUAACACUUAUUCUAAUGGAUCGGCUUCAGGCGGUGGGCCCCGGGCUUCAGGAACUGGAUUUUCACCUGGAUCCACACCAGAGGGGGCUGGGGAACCUCAAUCUAAUUCGCAAACCGGAUCAGGCACAAGACAAAGAACAAAUUCAGGUUGGGAAGAAACUCCUCCUCCUUCUCCUGAUGCUGGUCCAGAGAUGCCGGGCGCAACACCAAGGGAAAGUCCUGGCACAACCCCUAGCGCAAACAAUGAUAUUCGGUCGAAACAAAAUGCCUCGAGAACUACCUGGGAAGAAGCUCGAGAGAGGACGAGAAAGAAGGAAGAGGAGAGAAAGAAGGCAGAGGCUGAGAGAAAGCGAAAGGAAGAUUUGGAAAAGCGAUUGAAAGAAUUACGAGCGAAGGAGGCCUUGGAACGAGUAAACCGCGAAAGAAAACAAAGGGAAGCCCGCGAAGCUAAGGAACGAAUGGAAAGAGAGAUACGAGAAGCUAAGGAACGAAGAGAUAGGGAGGAAUUAGAAGUUCGGGAAAAGAGAGAAAAGGCGGCUAGGGAGAAGGAGAGGGAAGAAAAUGAAAGGAUAGCGAGAAUGGAAAGGGAAGACCAAGUGGCGCGAGAGAGAAAGGCAAAGGAAGAACGCGAGAUUCGAGAGCGAAUACAAGCAGAGGCCGAGGCUAAAGCGAGAGCGGACUAUGACAGGAGGUUGCGAGAGGAGAUAGCUAGAAGGGAAGUUUUAAGGAAAGAGGAGGAAGCCAUCAGAAGAGAACAGGAAAUGUUACGAUUAGAAGCUAUAGCUAGAGUGGAAGCAGACAAGAAGGCCAGAGCAGACAAAGAAAGAGCAGAUGCUGAGGCCAAGGCAAAGGCAGAAAAGGCAAAGGCUGCUGCGAAAGCGUGGGCUGAUGCUAAGGCGGCGGCGAUUGCGAAACGAGAAGCCAAAGCUAGGGAAGAACGUGAAAAGGAAGUAGCGGCGCAAAUACGAGAAGUUAAACUCAAGGAGGAACGCGAGAAGGCAGCUGAGAUAGCAGCACAAAUGAGAGAAGACGAACUUAGGGAGGAGCGCGAAAGAGCAGCACAGAUCGAAGCACAAAUGAGAGAAGCCAAACUUAAGGAAGAACGUGAAAAGGCAGCCCAAGUAGCAGCACAAAUAAGAGAAGCCAAACUCAAGGAAGAACGUGAAAAAGCAGCUAGAAUCGAGGCUGCACUCGCCGCUGAGAGGAGAAAACCAAGCACUUAUGCGAAUGCUGGUGUAGGAGAGAGAAUAAGUCCUUGGCCAAAUGGAAGACCCCCCACGACAACACCAGCAUUCCCUACCACAACUUCGACACCCCGACCUCAAGCACAACCUCCUUCACCCAAGAGAACCCCAGCCCCCGCUGCAAGAAUGCAUGCAGGUACAGACAAGGAUGGCCAGUUCCACUCAUCUUAUGCACAACCGCCAAGACCAAGCCGGAAAAAGUCUCUCAAUUCAUUAUAUUCCGAAUCUUCAUACGCAGCUUCACAAUCAACUAGCAAAACUACUCCACCACCUUCGACCAGAGGAGCAUAUAGUACCAACGAUCCUGAUAAAAUUGUUAUCAAAGGUGUAUUCGCAUUCAAUAACGCAUUCCACAAAAACCCUACAUCUCAACUUUUAUCUGGUGUGGGUUCUGUUACCGACGGACUGAUAUUAAGGAUUACUACGGAGGGUCUUUUCAUUGAUGAUGAUGUACGAGGUGUCGCUCAAAGAGAGUGGGAUAUCAAAGCAUGGACAAUGAAACUCGUAGAGGUAUGGUGUCCAUCUUUCAGACAAGCAUCGCGUGUUCCACCCACAACUACAGCUCACAAAAAUCCCGUCCGACGCCUUUGGGGUCUCGAUAAAGAAUUAGCAGCCAGUGAAGAGGAAAAAGAUACUCUUCUAGUUAGUAUGCUGCAACUCUGUCGGGAUAAUUGUCGCGCGCGAGCUAUUUCUCAUCAUUCUCCCACGGCGCAUUCCGUUAGUGGUUCCGUCUAUUCUGCAAGUUCUUAUGCUUCAUCUGAUACACGAUCAUCUGUUUCAUCUGAUUAUGCUGAUUCCAUUGCGUCGUCUCAAUUUCCUCACGGAGAGAAAAUCAAAAGAACCACUAACCAUUAUGCGCAGACGGGUGAGAAUAAAACUGCCGGGUUACAUAUUUUGAGAGCGAGUAUUAGGGAUCAGGAGGGGAAGAAAUAUGUUUUUGUGGUUCAGGAGAGUGAGGCUUGGAAGGUGGCGUUGGGAUUGCAGAGGUUGAGGAGGGGGACUCAGGUGAGGAGUUUGGGGGUCAGUGGGAUGAGUCCGAAUGAUGCGAAGGCUACGCUGGAGAAUUUGGGUUGGAUUUGAGGGGUGAAGGUGAGGAUGAGGGAUGAGGGAUGAGGGAUGAGGGAUGAGGGAUGAGGGGAUUGAGAGUUGAAAGUAUUUAUCAUGUGGAUAUGAAAUGUUGAUAUUUGUGGAAUGAGAAUGAGGAAUGUGGGGUGUGGGAUUCCAUCCCUAACAACACUCGGUAAAAGAGGAACAUGGAAAAGGGGAUACGAGCGAAAGAAAGAAAGGGGGGAUGGGAAAUUGACGAUGACGAUUUGUUUCACAAAUCCAGAAUUUUUUUCACAACAGACACGACCGAAGCAUUAGCGAUGGAGUUUUUUUGUUUUCAUUUUUCUCGCUUCUUCUUUAUUCUUGUUUCAUAUUUGGCUUUCUUUUUAAUCUGCUUAUUCGAUGUUGAUGUUAUUUCUAUUCAUUUAUUCGUUCGUUCAUCUAAGGAGUUUAUAAAUCUAUAGGCUUAUGUGUUUAUGUGUCUGUUUAUUUAUGUAUAGGAGAUGGAUGUCAGGAGUGUAUUUGAGUUGUUUGAUACUUUUUUCUUUCUUGAUAACGGAAUGUUAGAGUGGAAUAAGGUACUGGUACCUUUGACUUUUUGUGGUGUGUGUGUUUUCUCUUUCUUAUAUAUGUGUGUGUGUUGAAGAGAGAGAGAAGGGAAGAGAGAGAAUGAAUGGACUGCGCGCAUAUAUAUAUGUUUCUUAAAUACCCCUUUUCUGCUUCUAGAGUUUGGGGUUUUGUCGGGAAUCUUUCUCUUUUUU